AUGUUUAAUGCCAUCUAUGGCAAAGUCAAGUCUGUGGCAGAGCAUGUGAAGACGGCACAUGGCUCUGAGGUGAUGGAAAAUUUGUUCAACGAAUACUUCAAGCACCAUCCCUGGCAAGAGCGUCCCAAGAAGCGUCGAAGCGAGUCGAUCGCCAAAGACCAACCUCCGAGCAAGAAGCAUGCUGAAGCACCUGCUUCGUCCAACUCGGUAGCCAGUUCUUCUGGAAAGGUAGCAAUCAAGAACGAACUUUCAGAGUCAAAGAGUCAAGAUCUCCACGAAUUCGCCAAGGUAGAUCAAAAGCCCAUGAUGGCGCCUGUGUCGAAUGAGAACAAGCUCGCCCUACAUCAACGGAGCGACUCUCCUCUUUUCACUCGGGGCAUCAAGACACUGUCCCAGAAAGCGGCGGAGACUGACAGAGCAGACGAGAUACUGCGCGAACUCAUUCUCAUUCGAGAGAAUCAAGUCAAGCAGACUGACAAGGCGGACCAAAUACUACGCGAACUCGCUCUCAUUCGCGAGCAUCAAACCAAAGAGGCUGAAAAGAAGGGAAAGGCUAUGGCGAGGGUGGAGGGCUCCAUUGCCGAGCUCACUUCCCGUGUCAAGGUCGUAGAGGAUGUCCAACUGCUGCUGCAGAAGAAUCCAUGA